GUCGCUCCGUAAUUUCUCGUCUUUCUUUCUGUUGAGGCCAAAGAUGGCAGGAGCUCCUCCAUGCCCCAGCCGGUUCUUCUGUCACAGAUGCUCGGUAGAGAUUAGUCCUCGGCUUCCCGAGUACAUGUGUCCCAGAUGUGAGUCGGGAUUCAUCGAAGAGCUGCUAGAAGAAAGAAGUGCUGACAAUGGGUCCACGUCCACCAUCUCCAGCGGGCCCCAAAGCCAACAACCAUUUGAGAAUGCAGACCAGCACUUAUUUACGUUCCCAUCAGGCUAUGGUCAGUUUGCCCUCAGCGUCUAUGACGACAGCCUCGAUUUCGGAGUUGGACUCGGACCAGGGGAUAACCGGGAUGCUGAAAACCGGUGGGAAAGGGAAUCGGCAUCGCGACAGAGAUACAGUGCCAGGCAACCCAGAAGUCGGCACGGAUCCAGACGACAAGCAGGAAGGCAUGAAGGAGUUCCUACUUUAGAGGGAAUCAUUCAACAGCUAGUGAAUGGAAUAAUCACACCUACUGCAAUGCCAAAUGUUGGUGUUGGAUCCUGGGGCGUCCUUCACUCAAAUCCAAUGGACUAUGCCUGGGGUGCCAAUGGGCUUGAUGCUAUUAUUACACAGUUACUGCACCAGUUUGAGAACACAGGACCACCGCCUGCUGACGGGGAUAAAAUAAAAAAUCUCCCUACCGUACAAGUUACAGAUGGACAUGUUGCCUCAGCCCUGGAAUGUCCCGUGUGUAAAGAAGAUUACAGUGUUGGUGAAAAUGUGAGGCAGCUCCCGUGCAAUCACAUGUUUCACAAUGACUGCAUAGUACCUUGGCUGGAACAGCAUGACACUUGUCCAGUAUGCAGGAAAAGCCUGAGUGGACAGAACACAGCAACAAACCCUCCAGAGCUAUCAGGGAUGAACUUUACCUCCUCUUCCUCUUCUUCCUCAUCUUCUUCCACCCCUCAGUCCUCAGGGUCAACCAGCAACGAGAACUCCACUGAUAACUCAUAGAGAGGGCUUUUUUUUUAUGUUCAUCCUCUGAGCUGUUCGUAGCUCCCAGCCUGCUGUGCUUCAGAGCAGUGACCUCCAGACCCCUCUUUGUGGUAGGGCAGAGGCCCGAGUGCAUCUCAGCAGGAUCACUCAGGUCUGAUUCAAGGGUAAGUGAUACGUGUUUGUGUACAUCUGCCCAUCGCUUCACGCCCAACACCCCCACCUUCAUCAGGAAUCUGAACAAUGGAUGCGUGGAAGCCUGGAGUGCAGCUUCUUACGAUAAGGAAAGGCUUGGAAACUUCAAAACACUUGAUUGAGACACUUCAUACAAGGAGAGAAAAUAAAGGAAUCCAAAGGUAGAAGAGUAGGGACACUAAGACAAUUACCAUUCUUCUUCUUUAUGUUGUUUUCUUUAAAACUCAACUCGUUUGACUUAUGGCUCUUUGGCCAAAGUGAAUGAAAUUAUAUCAUUUUUCUAACAAGCAGCAUUCAUAUCUUAGAGUGCACUAUUGUGCACUGGUGACAUGUGCACUACGAUGUAUUAAUCGUUUAAAAUAAUAUGUUUAUUAUCUUUGUCUUAUCUGAAUUUUUUGCAGUAGUUUAUAUAUUUAUUGUAUUUUGAUUCUCAUGCUGAUUUAGGGUUACCUGUCAUGUGGCUGGUAUCAUGGUUUUCACUUGAAAUUAUUUUUUAACUGCAGUAAAUGUUUGAAUAAAUCAAAUUAUCCUAAAUUACACUCUUAAGGAUGUAUGACAAUUACAUUUUUAAGCCAAAAUUAAAACAGGUAAUGUUUUAAGAUGAUGCCAGUGGGACAAACAAGAAAAAGGUAUAAUUAUGUACUAGAAAAUGAACUAACUGCUAUGGAAAUAAAAAUGUGUCUGCUA